AUGUUGCUGACCUGGAUUGUUGGAGUUUUCUUUCUGGGCGCUGUAAAAGGCGCAGAGGUCUGCUACAACAGAGUUGGAUGUUUCAAUGAUGCCAGGCCCUGGGCCGGCACUUUGGAGAGACCCAUCACAAGGUUACCCUGGACCCCAGAGAAGAUCAACACUCGCUUCCUGCUCUUCACCAGAAACAACCAGAACAGCUUUCAGGUGAUCAGCGCCGCUACCCCUUCCACCAUCUCCUCCUCCAAUUUCCGCACCACCAGGAAGACCCGCUUUAUCAUCCAUGGCUUCACCGACAGCGGGGAGUCAAGCUGGCUGUCCGAUAUCUGCAGGAAACUUUUUGUAAUUGAAGACGUGAAUUGUAUCGCUGUGGACUGGAGCGGAGGAUCCCGCACCACCUAUUCCCAGGCCUCUAACAACAUCCGGGUGGUGGGGGCGGAAGUCGCUCUUGGCAUUAACAUAGUAGUUAAAAACUUCGGCUACGCUGUUGGCAACGUCCACCUGAUCGGGCACAGCCUGGGUGCCCACACCGCCGGAGAAGCUGGCAAGAGGAUGAGAGGCAUUGCCAGGAUCUCAGGUCUGGAUCCCGCUGAGCCGUACUUCCAGAACACACCCAUAGAGGUCAGGCUGGACCCAUCAGAUGCCAAACUCGUGGAUGUCAUUCACACAGACACCGGACCUCUCGUCCCCAGCCUGGGUUUCGGAAUGAGCCAGGUUGUUGGUCACCUGGAUUUCUUCCCCAAUGGCGGAGUGAAGAUGCCGGGAUGUCCUCAGAACAUUCAAAUCCCCAACGUCAAUGUGGAAGAUAUCUGGAACGGAGUGGUUAACUUUGUCACUUGUAACCACAUGAGAGCCAUCAAGUACUACACGGACAGCGUCGGUAACACCGGAGUUUUCACCAGCUAUCCCUGCGGCAACUGGAACACCUACCAGGCGGGCAGCUGUAAAUCCUGCCCCAGCGCCGGGUGUCCCAAGAUGGGUCACUACGCCGACACGUACAAAGGUGUCACCACCUCCAGCCAAGUCUUCUAUCUCACCACUCCUUAA